AUGGAGCGGCCGGAGGGCAUGCCCGUCAUACAGUCGCUUGAGGUCAUGUGCGGCAAGGACCACAUGGACGUGCAUCUUACAUUCUCACACCCCUUCGAAGGCAUUGUGUCUUCUAAAGGUCAACAUGGCGAUCCGCGAUGUGUGUACGUGCCGCCUUCUACGGGACAGACGUAUUUCUCGUUUCGGAUCGCAUACGCCAAAUGUGGUACUAAACCAGAUCUACACGGGCAGUUCUACGAGAACACGGUAGUAGUGCAAUAUGACAAGGACCUGUUAGAAGUAUGGGAUGAAGCGAAAAGACUGAGAUGCGAGUGGUUCAACGAUUACGAGAAGACUGCUUCAAAACCGCCUAUGGUUAUUGCUGAUUUGGAUGUAGUGCAAUUAGAUUUUAGAGGGGACAAUGUGGACUGUUGGAUGGAAAUCCAAGCUGGCAAAGGACCGUGGGCACCUCCUGUGUCGGGCAUUGUGCCUUUAGGAUCUACAUUGACCCUCGUCGUGGCUAUCAACGAUUAUCGAGGCGAGUUCGACAUGCGGGUAAAGUCCUGCGCUGCAUCAGACGGCUCCGGGCAUGUAAUACAGCUAUCAGAUGAAUACGGUUGUGUGUUACGCCCUAAGAUGAUUUCAAGAUUCCUCAAAGCAAAAGCAGUGGACGAGAGGGCAACAGUGAUAACAUACGCUUUCUUCCAUGCAUUCAAGUUCCCUGACGCUCUCAGCGUACACAUACGGUGUAAAGUGGAGAUUUGUAGGCACGGGUGUCUAGACCAUUGCCAACUAGCAGGGAUUACUCCACAAAGACACGCAUUAGAUAGAAAAGAUGAUAGGACUCAUCAAGACCAUAAUGAUAUUGGCGACGCGUCCUUAGAGGAUUCCGAUCACUCUAUACCAGAAAGCGAAGAACAAAGACUGCCACUAGAAGAGGCAUUCGGCGACGUGUCGGGGCACGCGGUGCCGCCACCUGCGCCUCAAAGAUCUGCUAUGGAGGAGUUGGUUGAUGCUCUCUCCAGGCCUUUCACUGAUCAUUCAUCAGACAUAGACCGCGAACGCUUCCCUCACGGUCCACGUAACCUUGGACCAAUCAAACCUGAGCCGGCCCACGCAGUACUUCCCUCUAAGCCCGGUCCAGCAGUCGCUGGUCCACGGUCUCUAAGAAAACGUAGGACCAUUAGAGAUGCAAGGUCGGCUGAUGUGGGUGUGUCGGGGAUAUACGAUGUGGUGUCUGAAGCCGAUUUAGCGUUUGGACCUUCCAGAGAGCCGGUGACGGUGUUCAGUGGACGAAUACGGGAAGAGGUGAUGUACGGUAUAUGCAUGGGCGCGCUCAGCUUUGGCGCGCUGUUCGCGUCGGCGGCGGGCGCGGCCGCGGGCGCCGCGCUCGCCGCCGCGCUGCUGCUGCAGAAGCUGCGGGCGCGCGCGCCGCCGCCGCCCGCGCCCGCGCCCGCCGCGCACUCCCUCGCCGCAUGGAUGGCGCUACGGCUGUUGGGCUCGCCUCCACACCAUUCUAGGGAG